AUGAUUUUGGAAAAAUUCAAUGAUAAUAUUAGUGUUGAACAUGAGGGUCUUCAACAAAUGACCUUAAGAGAACACAAACGACCAGAGCAACGUAAAUAUGCCGAAACUAUAGCGGAAUCUAUAGAUGGUACGAUUUAUAUACAACAUAUAAAUUGGUUAGAUUUCGAGGAGUUUAAUUUACCCAAACCGAUUUAUAUAAAUAUGGUAAGAGAUCCGGUGGAAAGAGUUAUAUCAUGGUAUUAUUAUGCCCGCAGUGCUUAUCGCAAUGCUAUACAGUUUCAAAAACAACCCAAACGGCCGAUGAGACCACGUGAGUGGUAUGUUAAAGAUUUCAAUAAGUGUGUUCGCAGCGGUGAUCCAGAGUGUCAGUAUAUACCAUAUAGUACGGUAGAUGGUGCCUAUGAUUUUCGUCGUCAGUCGUUAUUCUUUUGUGGUCAUCAUCUUAAAAGCUUAAACGCCUAUAGACUGAAUAAUACCCGUAAAGCUGAAAUAGAUGUCAUAUUUUUCAAUCGUUGUGCCAAAGUCGGCAGUGAAGCUCUUCUAGAGCUAAUUGGUGUUUUAGAAAAUUUCAAUGAAGGUUUAACCCUGGAACGUGAUGGCCUACAUGAGCCCACUAAGCGACAAUUCAACAAUAUCGAACAACGUGAACUGGCCGAGAGAAUUUCAGAACUUACGGACGGUUCCAUAUGGAUACAACAUGUUAAUUGGAUCGAUUUUGAAGAGUUUGAUUUGCCUAAACCGAUUUAUAUAAAUAUGGUGCGUGAUCCGGUGGAAAGAGUUAUAUCGUGGUAUUUUUAUGCUAGAGGUGCCUAUAAGAAUGCUAUUGAAUAUAAUAAAGCUCCCAAUAAGCCCAUGAGACCAGUAUCGUGGUAUAAAAAAGAUUUCAAUCAUUGUGUGCGUAGCGGUGAUCCGGAGUGUCAAUAUGUACCGUUUAGUGUUAAGGAUUAUGUGGGUAAUUUUAAGAGGCAAUCGUUAUUCUUUUGUGGUCAUCAUGAUGAUUGUAUACCAUUUAACUCACCCGCUGCAGUACAAAUGGCUAAAGAGCAUGUAGAACGUGACUAUGCUGUCGUAGGUACCUGGGAAGAGACCAAUAUUACUCUAACAGUAUUCGAAAAAUACAUACCGAAAUUCUUUAAUGGUGCCAAACUAUUAUUUGAAUUGAACAUGGAUAAGGUUACCAAUCGUAAUAAAAAUAAACGUAAACCCAAAAUUGAUGCUGAUGUCAAGGAAAUGAUACGUAAAAAUUUCACUCACGAAUAUGAAUUUUACUAUUUCUGUAAACAGCGUUUAUAUAAGCAAUAUUUGGCCGUUAGUUUGAAAGAGUUGCAGGCCCAUAAUUUAUUGGAAUAAGUUUUUAAUAAAUCUAUAUGUAAAUUUUUAAAUAAAAUCGUUCAAAA